AUGACAGCACAAGGUGGUGCCGGUGGAGGUGGAGGUGGUGGUGGUGGUGGCGGCGGGGGAAUUGGUACAGGUAGUAACACUACCUUCUUGGAAGAUUGGAUGAAUGCAGUAUUGAAUAAGAAUGCACCGCAAGGUGGAGCGCGCUUGAGCACUGGGGAGGAGGUUGUGGAAGAAAUGAAGAAAGAUUUGAAUGAAGAAUUCGAUGAAUUGGACAAGUGGCUGACGAGGCCGGAAUCGAAUGAAAUACAUAAAUUCUGUCAUGAUGAAGUGGAUUGGGGGGGCGGAGGAAGUCAAUAUGAAAAAGUAUUGUGCGAAGGUUUGGCCGAAAUAAAGUACUUCAUGAAUGGAGUAGAAACAAAGAAGGCGGGGAAGGGUAAGAGUGGCAAUGAUGAGGAAGCACAAAUUACGGAGCUCACCAAUGGCAAAGCUUAUACACGGUGUAUUGUCGGCGCCGUCGCCCUAUCUGAGAUUUAUGGGGAUCAUUGUAAAUUAAAGGAAGUUGUAGAGAGGGUUCAAGAGAAGGUGACGGACGGAGUGGAGGACAAAUUGAGGAAUCACUUGAAGGAUAAAGGGCACGAGAACCAAUUGAACAAAUGCCAAGGAAUUACGAAGGAACAACUAUUCAUUGGUAAAUCCGUUCUAGGGAAUAAAAUCAAAGAGUGGACACAGCAGAAAAGGAGCAUGAGGGAGAAUGGGGGUUGGAGAGUGGGAAGGCAGUGGUCAGAGAGGUGGCCACGGGUCUGUAAUCCUGGAAGUAAAAAAACUCAGGAACAGGCGCAGAAGGAAGCGAAAGAAGAAAAUAGGAACAUUCUAACACCUUUUUUAAAAGUGGGAACUGAUAAUACGCAGGUCACGUCCGGUCAGAAUAAUGUGUCCACUUUCGGGGAUAUACUAAUGAAUGACGCCAUGAAAUUGGACGAAGAAAAAUUAAAACAGCUUUUCGAGACAGCAAUACAGGACGGCAGUAUUGGUGGCAAUACUAAUCCUCCUAAUAUGGGCAAGUUAAUAGAACAGUUAAAUAAGGAAUAUCAGACGCAAGCAG